GGCUCAAAGAGCGUACUUUUAUGAAGCCUGUCCCGAACGAACCCGAAAACAAGUCAUGAAACAACUGAAGUAACAGACGAGGAGGAGAGAGAAGAAGGCGAACACGAUAGUUACACCGGAAGCCAGAUCAGAUUUGUUUCUCUCUCAGAUCACAACCCUAACCCUAACCCUAGAUCUCUCAAUUCCGAUUCAAAAUGGAUACAUCCGCUUGCAUAAAAGAGGUUAACAGAUCGGCAUCGGUCGCCUUCGCUCCCGAUGCGCCGUACAUCGCCGCCGGCACCAUGGCCGGAGCCGUCGACAUGUCGUUCAGCUCCUCCGCGAAUCUCGAGAUCUUCCAGCUUGAUUUCCAAUCCGACGAUCGUAAACUUCCGUUAGCUGGCGCUAUUCCUAGUUCCGAACCGUUUAAUCGGUUAUCCUGGGGGAAAUCACCGGUGUCUGGUUCGGAAGAAUUCUCACUCGGUCUCGUUGCCGGUGGUCUUGUUGAUGGAAAUAUCGGUAUCUGGAAUCCAAGGAUACUUAUCAGUUCUGAAGAAAAUGAAGGCGCUCUUAUUCAACAACUAUCAAGGCAUAGAGGGCCUGUUCGUGGUCUUGAGUUUAGUAGUCUGUCACCAAACCAUCUAGCUUCUGGUGCUGAAGAAGGGGAAAUCUGUAUAUGGGAUAUCGCAAAACCAGCAGAACCUACACAUUUUCCUCCCCUCAAGGGAAGUGCAUCAGCUAAACAGGGUGAGAUCUCUUUCUUAUCGUGGAACAGGAAAGUUCAGCCCAUAUUGGCAUCCACCUCUAUUAAUGGGACAACUGUGGUUUGGGACCUCAGGAAGCAAAAACCAAUUAUAAGUUUUUCAGAUUCAGUUAGAAGACGAUGCUCUGUUUUACAGUGGCAUCCUGAUUUUGCCACUCAGCUGAUUGUUGCUUCAGAUGAUGAUAGUUCACCUUCUUUGAGGAUAUGGGAUAUGCGUAACACAAUGUCACCACUGCGAGAGUUGGUAGGUCACGAUAAAGGUGUCGUUGCUAUGUCAUGGUGUCCCAGUGACAGCUCGUAUUUGCUUACAUGUGCCAAAGAUAACCGUACUAUUUGCUGGGACACCAACUCUGCUGAGAUCGUAUCUGAACUUCCAGCUGGCACCAACUGGAAUUUUGACGUUCACUGGUAUCCAAAGAUACCAGGGAUCAUAUCGGCUUCUUCUUUUGAUGGGAAAAUUGGCAUUUAUAAUAUUGAGGCUUGUGCACGAUACGGUGCUGGUGCGAAUUAUUAUGGUUCAGCACCAUUAAAAGCCCCGAAAUGGUAUCAACGUAAAGCUGGAGUAUCUUUUGGUUUUGGUGGAAAGCUUGUUUCUUUUCACUCAACUGGCUCUUCUGGACCAUCAGAGGUUAAUGUGCAUGACUUGGUUACCGAGCACAAUUUAGUGACUACUUCAUCUGAAUUUGAAGAUGCAAUGAGAAGUGGAGAUAGAUCUACGUUAAGGCUUCUUUGUGACAAAAAAUCUCAAGAGUCUGAAUCUGAGGAGGAAAAAGAAACAUGGGGAUUUUUGAAAGUGAUGUUUGAAGAUGACGGGACCGCAAGAUCGAAGCUUUUGAACCACCUUGGCUUUACAUUACCCGCAGAAGCGAAUGAGGAUGUGCAAGAGUUAUCUCAAGAAAUAAGUUCUCUAAACUUCGAAGAACAAGAAACAAAUAAAGAAGCAUUUAUCGGUGGCAACCAAACACCAAUUGAUAAUGGCGAAGAUUUCUUCAACAAUCUUCCAAGUCCUAAAUGUGAUACACCCGUCUCAACUCCUGGCAAAAACGCUGAAGAAUACGUUCCUAAUUUCGAAGAAUCACCUAAGGAAAGUGAUUUACAUGUGGGGACCAAUGACCCUUCGUUUAACGAUGCUGUACAACGCGCUUUGGUUGUUGGGGAUUAUAAGGGAGCUGUUGCACAGUGCAUAGCUGCAGAUAAGAUGGCUGAUGCUUUAGUUAUCGCACAGGUUGGCGGUGCUUCCCUUUGGGAGACCACACGCGAUCAAUACCUAAAGAAGAAUCGUUCUCCUUACCUUAAGGUUGUUGCUGCAAUGGUAAAUAAUGACUUAGUUAGUCUGGUAAAUACCAGGCCCCUGAAAUCCUGGAAGGAAACACUAGCUCUUCUAUGCACUUUUGCCCAAAGGGAGGAAUGGACUUUACUUUGUGACACCCUUGCAGCUAGGCUUGUGGCUUCUGGUAAUACACUAGCUGCAACUCUUUGUUACAUAUGUGCUGGCAACAUUGAUAAAACAGUUGAAAUUUGGUCAAAGAACGUUACUGGUGAACACAAGGGUGAAUCCUAUGUUGACCUUCUUCAGGAUUUAAUGGAAAAGACGGUGGUUCUUGCUUUAGCAACUGGUCAGAAGAGAUUCAGUGCUUCUUUAUGCAAACUUGUUGAAAAAUAUGCUGAAAUAUUAGCAAGUCAAGGACUUUUGACCACAGCUAUGGAAUAUUUGAAACUAAUGGGCACUGAAGAUUUAUCCCCUGAACUUGUUAUUUUAAGAGAUCGUAUCGCACUCUCAUCUGAACCAGAGAAAGAGACAACACGGUCUACAGAUUAUGUUCACACUCAACCACAAAUGGGAGCUGUGUAUGGUACACACCAGCAAACAAACUCUGUUGAACCUUCUAGAAACUAUUAUCAGGAUGGGAGCUCUUACCAACAACCAUCUGAACCUUUAUACAAUACUCAAUAUCAACAGCCGCAACAACCUUCUCUGUUUGUUCCAACUCCUGCAGCGCAUGUUCCACCUGCGGGAUUUAAUCCACCUCCAGUGACAACUCAGCCUGCACCGAAAGUCUUUGUUCCGACAACACCUCCUGUUAUGAGAAACGCUGAUCAAUACCAGCAGCCUCCCACUUUGGGUUCCCAGUUAUACCCUGGGAAUGCUAAUCCUGUUUACCAACCUGGACCACCUGGGCCUGUUUCACUUGGGCCCGUUCCGUCUCCAAUGGUUGCAACCACCGGGCCGAAGAUAUCACACGGUGUGACACCACCAGUCAGGGGGUUUAUGCCCGUUAAUAAUACAGGAUUACAAAGACCUUCCUCUACUCAAAUGCAACCGUCUACUCCUCCACCGCCUUCCGCCCCUCCUGCCGCUCCUCCAACUGUACAGACAGCUGAUGUGUCAAAUGUACCUGCCCAGCAAAGGGGAGUUAUUGGAACUCUGACAAGACUUUUCAAUGAGACAUCAGAAGCAUUGGGAGGGUCAAACGCUGCGCCAGCUAAGCGGCGGGAAAUCGAUGAUAACUCCAAGAAAAUUGGUGCCUUGUUUGCGAAGCUAAAUAGUGGUGAUAUAUCAAAGAAUGCUGCUGAAAAGCUUGUGCAGCUUUGUCAGUCGUUGGAUCGUGGUGAUUUUGCUACUGCUCUCAAAAUUCAGGUGGAUCUUACGACAAGUGACUGGGAUGAGUGCAGCUUCUGGUUAGCAACUCUGAAGCGAAUGAUCAAGACCAGGCAAAAUGUGAGAUAAACGAUGCUCACAGUUGCAAGCAUGUUAUUCUUCCAUAAUCAUGGUUGAAUAUGCUUAUAUCUGUUGCCUUCUUGUACACAAGAACUUGAUCGUAUAAUCGUCUAGCGGAUUUUACUUGUCAUUUCAUUUUCCCUACCCGAGGACAUUGCUCGGCUUCAUUAAUUAUUUCUUGUUUUGUUUGAUUUUUAUAAAGCAGUCAAGGACAUUGAAUGAUUUAUGGUGUAUGGAGGCUAGAAUUGGUUGGUUUUCUCAAUUAAUAGAUGUUACAAGUUUUGAGAUUUUA